AUGAUUGACGAAUCCCAGUACCAACGAUUACCGAUCGACGAGGACAACACUGCUGUGCUUUCAGCACAUGAACCAUCACCUCGGUGGCGAAAAACAUGGAGUCUAUUCUUCGCCGCACUUCUGGCUGUAUCUCUACUGCUCCUUUUAUCAUUCCUGCCAGCAAGAAUUCCAGGGGCACACACCACAAAUUCUCCCUCCCCUGAAUACCAGCAUUGCGGUAACAGCACCGAUAUUGCAAAGUCUCGCGGAUGUCAAUUCGAUCUCUUGAAUUAUGUCUGGCUGCCAGAGCGCUGUAGUGAGAAGGAAACAGUGGAAGAAUUCCGCAUCUGGCUCAAUAGCCCGGAGCGCCAAUUUGGGAGCUGGCCUUUCUUUGCCGAUCGCGAAGGACACGAACACAUUGCCAACGAACAAGCCUUGUCAGAGCGGGUAAAUGUAGAUACCCGCGCGCCCCAAGAGGAACAUCUGGCUCAUUGUAUUUUUCUGUGGCGUCGGUUGGUACGCGUUGCUGAUAUGAAAGUGGAGCUGGAUAUCGGGAUGGGUCAUAUCCACCAUUGCACCGAGGGCCUACUUUGCAGGGGCCAAAUCCAGUGGAUGCGGAGCGGCCUCAUUCAGUGUUUCAAGUUGGAUUCGGUGGAUGCAGAGUAG